CAGAGAGGUGUACUUCGUGCAUAGUGCGUUGCGACUGUUGGCUUAGAGGCUCGGUAAAGGGACAAGGCUGGCUUCGGGCAGUCGACUUUUGUUUUUAUGAACCGAAUGGGUCAGAACUGGUUAGAACGGAUGAUUUCAGCGUAUGUUCUUGAAAGUAUUGGAGAAGUACCAGAGUCACUCCGUAUUACCAGUCUCGUACGUGGUUGCGCAUACUCGAGUCCAUCCCAUACUGGCUAAAUCAGAAGCUUGUUCCUGGUGUCGAAUGAUAUAUUUCAAAAAAGCACCUGCCCCACCAAAUUCGUCGGGCGUAUGGCGCAGUGGUAGCGCGUCCCCUUCGCAGCAACGCUUUGUCUUCUUAGAUUUCGUUAUAUCGUUUAUGGGGAAGGUCUUGGAUUCGAUCUCCAAUUCGUCCACACUUUUUGCUCUCCAUGAGGUACGUCCCGAGUCGCCAAAAAGUUGGGCCGAUUGCUGUUAUGUCGGAUCUCAAUUGUUGAUCGGUCAUACUGCCCGCCUACUGCUUGAAGACGAAUGUGCAACGACGUACGAGCUGAAUACUGCAGCCAACGAGCGCACACCUAUUCGAGAGCAUGUCGAAUAUUCCACUUGAGCAGCCCUGGGUACUCGUCUGCCCUUGGUGCUCUCCACUCGCUCGAGUCAUCAGUAGCUUCUUACAUCGAUAGCAUCGUUUUCGGACUGCUGCGACUCAUGGAGCUUUGCCACAAGCUGACGAGAUCAGUAGGAGCAUCCGCGCUCUUGCCGAAGCAACAAAUACUGGUCAGCUCUCCGCGGCACUCCCAUGUGAACAGCCAUAACAACCAUACAGCGAAUUUCUGCACUUUU